GGUCAUGUGAUUGGCUGACGGGCAGGCGAACAAUUUGACUCCCGAACUUCAACCUCGCAAUCUCCAGGGCUGCCCGUCUUAACAGCCGUUGCUUUUGCUUCAUCCCUCCCCCCCCCCUCUCCCCCCCCCCUUCUCUCAUAUCUCCAUUAUAAUUCCUCUUCACAAUGGCCUCCCGGCGCCUAGCAUUCAACCUCAACCAGGCUCUCCGGAGCCGGGCUGCCUUGAAGGCUGUCCAGCCCGUGAAGCGUGGCUUUGCGUCCCCCGUCAAGCUGCCCUCCACCACCCAGUCCACCACCCUCUCGAACGGCUUCACGAUCGCCACUGAGCACUCCCCUUGGGCGCAGACCUCGACCGUCGGUGUCUGGAUCGAUGCCGGUAGCCGGGCAGAGACUGACAAGACCAACGGAACCGCGCACUUCCUGGAGCACCUUGCUUUCAAGGGCACCAACAAGCGCACCCAGCACCAAUUGGAGUUGGAGAUCGAGAACAUGGGCGGUCACCUCAACGCUUACACUUCGCGAGAGAACACUGUCUACUACGCCAAGUCCUUCAACAACGAUGUCCCCAAGACCGUUGACAUCCUCUCCGAUAUCCUCCAGAACUCCAAGCUCGAGCCCGGUGCCAUUGAGCGCGAGCGUGAUGUGAUCCUCCGCGAGCAGGAGGAGGUUGACAAGCAGCUCGAGGAGGUUGUCUUCGACCACCUGCACGCCACUGCUUACCAGAACCAGCCCCUCGGCCGUACCAUCCUCGGCCCCAAGGAGAACAUCCAGACCAUCUCUCGGGACAACCUGGUCGACUACAUCAAGACCAACUACACCGCCGACCGUAUGGUCCUGGUCGGUGCCGGUGGUAUUCCCCACGAGCAGCUCGUCCGCCUGGCCGAGGAGCACUUCGGCAGCCUCCCCAGCCAGGCCCCUACCUCUGCGGCUCAGGCUCUCACCGCUGAGCAGAAGCGUGUCCCCGAGUUCAUCGGCUCCGAGGUCCGUCUCCGUGACGACACCCUCCCUUCUGCCCACAUCGCCCUCGCCGUUGAGGGUGUCAGCUGGAAGGACGACGACUACUUCACCGGUCUCGUCGCCCAGGCCAUCGUCGGUAACUGGGACCGUGCCAUGGGCAACUCCCCCUACCUUGGCAGCAAGCUCAGCUCCACCGUUGAGCACCAGGGUCUUGCCAACAGCUUCAUGAGUUUCUCGACCAGCUACAGCGACACUGGUCUCUGGGGUAUCUACCUGGUCUCCGAGAACCUCACCCGCCUCGAUGACCUGAUCCACUUCACCCUCCGUGAGUGGUCUCGCAUGUGCUUCAACGUCACCCCCGCCGAGGUCGAGCGCGCCAAGGCCCAGCUGAAGGCCUCCAUCCUCCUCUCCCUGGACGGCACCACCGCCGUUGCCGAGGACAUCGGUCGCCAGAUCAUCACCACCGGCCGCCGUCUGUCCGCCGAGGACAUCGAGCGCACGAUCGGCCAGAUCACCGAGAAGGACGUGAUGGAGUUCGCCAUGCGCCGCAUCUGGGAUCAGGACGUCGCCAUGAGCGCCGUCGGUAGCGUCGAGGGUAUCCUCGACUACCAGCGUAUCCGUGCGGACAUGAGCCGAAACACCCUGUAAACGCGGAAUUGUUGUGUAUGUUUAAUCUUAUACAUUUUUGCUUGCGUCUCAGAGUUACGGAAUUUUCUUUUAUUUUUUUUUUGUUAUUGGUGAUUGAUUUAAUAGAUCUAAGAUGAGGAGGGGUGGAGACGUUAGUUGAGGUAGCGUGUCUUGUACAGUAUCAACUGUCGCUGAUAUACUCAAAACUGUAUUUUUGUUUGUU